UCUAAUAAGGACUAUCCAUAAUUCUAAUACACCCACACUCAACAUGCAGAUCACUAAGUCGCUCAUCGCAACCACCGUUGUACUCUACACUUCUGUUGUUCUUGGAGAAACGGUUAAUAUUGCCUAUACCUCCAAUGGUGACUUCUACCAGGAGAAAAUCGAAGCAGAAAAGCUCACAAAAUUAGAACAUCCAGGAGUCUUGACUGAUAUCCAAAACACAGCUAACUGCGUUUUGUGGCGUCAUCACCCUAACCACCCUCCCGACUAUCAGGCUAAACGGGGCUCAAAUAUCGUUAUCCCGCCCCAGCAGCUUGAUUAUAUCUACUGCUAUGAGCCGAGCGGUGCCUGGGUUAACUACGUGUGGUAGUUUAACAAGGAGGAAGAUAUUCUUGUUCUCCUGAGUAGGCACUGCUGGAGAUGGACCUGCAACUGGGCAAAUGAAAUGAGGCAUUUGUACCUGAGUCUGGCUCUGGUAUAGGUUUUUCUCCAUAUUAUAGGUUUUACUAUGCCUUCAUCAAAUGCAAAGGGUCCUUAUAUCUAUCACAUUACUUUAUUUUAUGUAUUUUGUAACUCGUAAUAACAAGUGAU